GACUAUUUCUGCCUCAUCCAAUCAGAGCAAGACAGUGGGCAGGCGCUGCAAGGCUCGCCGUGCUCUGUUGAAUUCUAUUGCCGACCAUUAAAAAAAAUAAUAAUCGGGAGAGUGGAAGUAGAGAAGCCAGGGCCAACGCGACAGACAAACAGACAGGGCUAUAUUUAAAGGGACAGGAGGCUAUUCUCAACAAGAAUACGAACAACAGAUUGAUCUGAUGUUCUGCAGCGUGACCUGGGAUAUUGCCUUGGCUGUCUCUUUUUAAAUCGGAACCAUCUCUGGACAGCUACGCUGGCUGGCUACGUUCAUUUUUUCUCGAACACGUUUUAUCGUUGAAAAACACUACCUAGCAAUCUGAAUUGAAUGUUGUUUCUGUCAUGAGUCCGGCCGGCUGCUCCCAUGUGAACGGUUUUAAGGUGGAGAACUGGAAACAGAAUCUUCGGGUCAUAUACCAGUGCUUUGUGUGGAGUGGGACUGCCGAAACGAGGAGACGCAAGGUGCUACAGAAUGAUGCGGGAUGGACAGCAGUGGCCAAGUCGUGUAUCUGUCAUAUGUGUGGAGCCCACCUGAGCCGGCUUCACUCCUGCCUGUACUGCGUCUUCUUCGGCUGCUUCACCAAGAAGCACAUCCACGAGCACGCCAAAAACAAGCGCCACAAUCUAGCCAUAGACUUGCUGUACGGCGGGAUAUAUUGCUUUGUGUGUCAAGACUACAUAUACGACAAAGACAUGGAACAGAUUGCCAAAGAAGAACAGAGAAAAGCGUGGAAAUUGCAAGGUGUGGGCGAGAAGUAUUCAACAUGGGAACCGACCAAGCGAGAACUGGAGUUGCUACGGCACAAUCCCAAACGCAGAAAGAUCACCACCAACUGCACCAUCGGUCUGCGGGGCUUGAUAAACCUGGGGAACACGUGCUUUAUGAACUGCAUCGUGCAGGCGCUCACGCACACGCCCCUCCUUCGAGACUUCUUCCUCUCCGACCGACACAAGUGUGAGAUGCAGUCAAACUCCUGCCUGGUGUGCGAGAUGGCCCAGCUCUUUCAGGAGUUUUACUCCGGCCACCGCUCCCCCCACAUUCCGUUCCGGCUGCUGCACCUGGUGUGGACGCACGCGCGCCACCUGGCCGGCUACGAGCAGCAGGACGCCCACGAGUUCCUCAUCGCCGCGCUCGACGUCCUGCAUCGCCACUGCAAAGGCGACGACAACGGGAAGAAGGCCAACAACCCGAACCACUGCAACUGCAUCAUUGACCAAAUCUUCACUGGAGGCCUACAGUCUGACGUCACCUGCCAAGUGUGCCACGGUGUGUCGACGACGAUAGACCCGUUCUGGGACAUCAGCCUGGACCUGCCGGGGUCCUCCACACCCUUCUGGCCCCUGAGUCCGGGCAGUGACGGCAGCGUGGUCAACGGGGAGAGCCACCAAUCAGGGGCCACCACGUUAACCGACUGUUUACGAAGGUUUACUCGGCCGGAGCAUCUAGGAAGCAGUGCCAAAAUCAAAUGCGGCGGUUGCCAUAGUUACCAGGAGUCCACCAAACAGCUGACGAUGAAGAAGCUGCCCAUCGUGGCGUGCUUUCAUCUCAAACGGUUUGAGCACUCUGCUAAGCUGAGGAGGAAGAUUACUACGUACGUCUCCUUCCCUCUCGAACUGGACAUGACGCCCUUCAUGGCCUCCAGUAAAGAGAGCCGGAUGAACGGGCAGUACCCACAGCCAGUGGACGCUUUAAACAACGACAAUAAGUACUCGCUGUUCGCCGUGGUCAACCACCAGGGCACCCUGGAGAGCGGCCACUACACCAGCUUCAUCCGCCAGCACAAGGACCAGUGGUUCAAAUGUGACGACGCCAUCAUCACCAAAGCCAGCAUCAAGGACGUGCUGGACAGCGAAGGGUACCUGCUGUUCUAUCACAAGCAGUUCCUGGAAUACGAGUAGCCUUACCUGGGAGAGCUGCGUGGGAGACGCACCGCCUACGGGAGAAGAGAGGAAGAAAACAAAAAAGAAAGGAAGAGAGAAACUAUCACAGAGUUUAAAAAAAAAAAAAGAAAGAGAAACACGACACACAAACCUACCUGAAACUCUUUACUAAAGAUCAUUUUUCCAAAUGAGGAGAAAUUCAGAUGGAAAAUGACAAAUUUAAUCAUGCAAACUAAAAGCAAAA